UUACCAGAAAACUGGAGGUGUGAGUGCAGACAGCUACGGCCAGAAAAGCUCACAUCCAGGUGUAACAGGGAAAGAGAGACCAUCAAAAUGCUAGGCAUGAGUCUGUUUUGGACUGCUUUCCUGGUGGGUCUUCUGCUCUUGAACUUUCUGAGACAGCUGUGGCGGCGGAGAUGCUACCCCCCGGGGCCUCUUCCACUUCCUCUCAUGGGAAGCAUGUGGCAGAUUGGGAUCAGGCUAUAUCAAGACACCUUUAAGUUGAAAAAUCAACCAGAAAACAGUGAGCAAUCUGUGACUCCUUUCCUGAAAGCUGUUACAAACGAGAAGGAUCUCGUAUUUUCAAAUGGACACAUUUGGAGGCAGCAAAGACAGAUUGGGCAAGCUACUAUGCAGAAGCUGCAAGUUGGGAAGAAAAACAUGGAGCAUCAGAUUGAAGAGGAGGCCCUGCAGCUGGUGGAGAUGUUUGCACGUGCCAAAGGGCAGCCACUUGACCCUCUGUUACCCAUCUCUAAUUCAGUCUGCAAUAUGGUAUGUGCAGUGGCUUUUGGGCACCGAUAUCCCAUGGAAGACGAGAGUUUUCAGAAACUCACCAAAGACAUAGAAUUGGCUGUACAAUCUGGGGGCAGCUUUAUUUAUACACUUUAUAGCUUGCUCCCAUGGUUUAUGAGAUGUCUCCCAGGACCACAGAAGAAGGCCUUUUCAUCCAGGAAAUCUGUGCUUUCUUUUGUAAAAAAGGAAAUAAAGAAACAUAAGAAGCGUAAACCACUACAUGAACCACAGGAUUUUGUUGAUUUCUAUCUGGUUCAAAUAGAGAAAAAACAGUCCAAAGAUAAUGACGGCUCUACAUAUGAUGAAGAGAAACUGGCUGCGUGUAUUCUUGACCUCUUCAUCACAGGCACAGAGACAACGGCGACUUCUCUGCAAUGGGGACUUGUCCUCAUGGCAAUUCAUCCAAACAUCCAAGAUAAAGUCUACAAGGAAAUGGAAGGUGUUUUGGGUUCCUCUCAAUCAAUCUCCUAUCAAGACUGGAAGAAACUACCCUAUACUUGUGCAGUUAUUCAUGAGAUCCAGCGCACCAAAUAUGCCUUCCUAUUCAGAAUAAUCAGGCAAUUUGCAAAGGAUGUGAACAUCUUUGGUUUUCUCAUGCCAAAGGGGACAUUUAUUAACCCAAAUCUGAACUCUGUUCUUCUUGAUCACAAGCAAUGGGAAACACCUGAAAAAUUUAACCCAAAUCAUUUUUUGAACAAGAGUGGAAAAUUUGUAGCCAAAGAUGAAUUUCUGCUGUUUGGAUCAGGCGAUUCCAUGUAUUUAGAGGAAGAGCUGGCGCGGAUUGAGCUCUUCUCCUUCUUCACCGCUCUGUUGAGGACAUUCCGUUUCCAGCUGCCAGAAGAAGCAAAGAUACUCAACACACAACCUCGAAUAGGACUGACAACCUACCCUCAUUUUCAUCAACUCUGUGCCAUUCCUCACCAUAGGACAGCAUAAAUUAUAACCAUAUUGGGAGCUGGAAUGGAAAAGAAAUGUACAAAUAUAGCCAAUGUGUCGUCUAAAGGAUCAUUGACAAUAGUGUACAUGUAUCUUUUAGUUUCACAACACUGAGAGCAACCCUACAUUUUUCAUUUUUUGAAAAAUUGUAUCACCCCCACAGACUUUCAUUUCCUACGAGUAAAGAAAUGUAAUAAAGUAAUUUAAUAAAUUAAGUUCUUGUUCGGAUUGGG